AUGGAUGGCUUGAUCAUUGCUGGCCGUCAUGGCCAGCCCAUCAUGCUAUCGCGGUUUCGGCAAACGAAUCCACUCUAUUCUAUGCUUCAUACAUCCUUUUUGAGUGAUUUGAUUGCGGACAUGCAAAUGCAGGCAGAGGCAGGCACGUCGAAGAAUGCAUCUGUGCGCGAUAUCCCGCCUGUUUUGUCGGUGCCCCUGCCGGACUCUAUUUUUGCUGAGAAGGAAGAAGAGGACGAACAAGACGAUGACGACGAAGGAGAGUCCGUUUCUCCACCAGAUCUGCCGGAUGAGGCACUCGCCUGGUCUGAGUCGGUCAAGAAAACGGCAGAGGACCCCACCGAGACGUGCAUCUCUAUCGAGGGCGGCUCGAUUUUGUGCCACAUCAUGGUAGGUGAUGUACGUUUCUUGUGUCCGGUAUCGCAUAGCAUAGAUCCGCUGAUUCCCUUUGCGUUCCUACACAAGGUUGUGGCCAUUUUGCAAGAGUACUUAAUUGGUUCUACGGAUCCUGCCCUCAUGACUGAAGAUGUCAUUUGCGAGCAUUUCGACAUUGUCUACGAACUCAUGGAAGAAAUGCUCGAUGGUGCGGGACACGUUCUUCUUACUGAAGUCAAUGCCCUCAAAGAUAUCGUGCUUCCUCCCAGCUGGUUGGACAAACUCAUCCACACCGUCGGCCUAAGCUCAUCAGCAGAGCAUGCACGUACAUCGCUCGCUUCGCCUGUCCCCUGGCGUCGGCCUAAUAGCAAGUAUGCCAAGAACGAGGUGUAUUUGGACAUUGUCGAGACCAUGGAUGGAAUCGUGAAUGCCUCGGGUGCACCAUUGUCGCUCGACGUGCAUGGGACCUUGGAAUGUUCGGCCCUUUUGAGUGGUAUUCCAGAAUUGGUCGUGAAACUGAGUCAUCCUACUAUGGUGGAGUAUCCUGCAUGGCACAAGUGUAUCCAACAGCGCGACUGGCACGAAAACCGCAUACUUCGUUUUAUUCCGCCAGAUGGUGAUAGUCGACUGGGCGAGUUUCGCAUCAAGUCUGCUGCGACUGCAAAGUCAACCUUGCCUUUAUGUAUUCAUGCGAACGUCAUGCCAUACGAGGCAGCACUGGGUGGGCUCCCAUUUGAAAUUAGCGUGGAGCACACUCUGGAUCAUUCGUAUGAUUUACAAGACGUGUGUGUUGAAUGGCUCCUGGGCAAUGGCAUACAAGGUAUAGAUGCCACGACCCAGGUGCAGACUGUGGCAAAUAAAGUCUCGAUGUCAUCAGACAUCGGUUCUAUACCAAGUCUGUCUCGCUCAACAGGCACGAUGGUAUUCGACAGAAAACGCCAACUUAUGCGCUGGACAAUUCCCACACUCAUGCCAUCGACCAUGUCGGUUCUUAGGGGCACCAUUUUGUCGUCGACGAUACACUGUCGGCCUAUGUAUGCUCUGCAAGUUCAGUUUAUGGUACAAGGGUAUUCUUUUUCUGGACUCCGAGUCACUUCUGUACAAUUGGAAAAAGAGGCAUACACCCUUUCCAAGGGCGCGCGCGUGCGUCUAAUGGGCGACAUAGAAUGGCGCCUUAUCUAG